AUGGACGCCGAAGCCGACAAACCCUCUCAUCUCGCGGUAGUCGUAGACUUGUCCCCAACUCAAUGGUAUCUGAGUGCCCAAGCCUCCAAUCCCUACCCCUUGUCCAUCGAGUCGUUCCUCUCGCAAAUCUUGGCCUUUCUCAAUGCCCACAUCGCCACCAAGAAUGAGAACACGCUGGCCGUCUUCGGGGCAUUUCCAGGCAAGAGCGUCAUGCUCUACGCUUCCACGGAGACGUUAGUCGAUGAACCCCCACCUCUGGACGCGAACUCAUACCCGCCUUUCAAGAUGGUAGACACAACGGUGACGCAACGAAUCUUUCGCGAACUGGACACCAUCGACCCUGGGGACGAGCCACCCUGUGCUUUGGUCGGUGCACUGACGAAAGCCCUCUGUUACAUCAAUCGCAUCACACUACCUUCCAUUUCAACCAGCGUCGCUGAAGGUUUGACCAAUGUACCGGAUCCUCGCAUCCUGAUUCUCUCGGUUUCUCCUGACUUGUCAUCAUCAUACAUCCCAAUCAUGAAUGCCAUUUUCUCCGCGCAAAAGCUAAAAGUAACCAUCGAUGUCUGCAAAAUUUACGGCCCCGACACCGUCUUCUUGCAACAGGCUGCUCAUUUGACCAACGGCUCUUACAUAUAUCUCGAGCGACGAGACGCUUUGCUCCAGUACCUUAUUAUGUCAUUUCUACCACCUCCGUCAGUGCGGAAAGUUCUUGCCGUUCCCAGACAAGACAAGAUCGACUUCCGGGCAGCAUGUUUCUGUCACAAAAAUAUCGUAGACAUCGGCUUCGUCUGCUCGGUGUGUUUGUCAAUAUUUUGCCAGCCCGUACCUGUUUGUUCGACUUGUCGCACGAAGUUCCCCAUCAAGGCUCUGCAAAGGCUCAAGAGUGCCUGUCCAUCCCCUGCACCUGCAACCCCUCGACCACUUGCCAACCUCAACAAUGCAGUUCCGAGGGCAACGGAGGCCACAAACCACGGCACUCCAGGACUGCGGUAA